CGCACGCACCGGUCUCAUCAUUCACGAUCGCGACUUCGCGCCGUGCGAACAUGUCAUCGCGCCCCCGACGUGCUCGUCUCGUACUUCGAACGUGAACUGUUUACAUAUUACGUGUACCUAUCUGGACUUGCGAACUUUCCCGUGGUGCAAAUAAAUGCAUUCUAGCUGAACUGAUGUGAGAUGGCGUUAUCGCUGCAGUCGACACAGAAUUCGAGAGGUGUGUCAGUGAGACCGCUAUCAACAAUGCGUCAAGAAUCAUUACCGAUGUUAGCCGAGCGCCUGCUGGCGACGCGCGCCGCGGCGCUUGUGGCGGGGCUGCCGGCCGAGCUGUACUCGGGCGCGCUGCUGGCCGCCUGGCCGCCGUCGCCGCCCGCGCCGCUGCUGCCCCCGCCGGAGCUGGACCGCGCCCGCAAGCGGCGCCGCACCUCCAAACUCGACGACUCUGUCACCACCUCGCACACCACCGCGCCUCUCUCGCCGCCCUCCUCCGGGUCUUCGCCCGGGGCCGCCGACCCGCCAAGAGAUAAACUUUUCACCUGCAAGAUCUGCUCCCGCUCUUUUGGAUACAAACACGUGCUACAGAACCACGAGCGUACCCACACCGGCGAGAAGCCGUUUGAGUGCGGCGAGUGCCACAAGCGGUUCACGCGCGACCACCAUCUGAAGACGCAUCUCCGCCUGCACACGGGCGAGAAGCCAUACAGCUGCCCGCACUGUCCACGCCACUUCGUGCAGGUGGCCAACCUGCGGCGGCACCUGCGCGUGCACACCGGCGAGCGCCCGUACGCUUGCCCGAGCUGCCCGGCGCGCUUCUCAGACUCCAACCAAUUAAAAGCGCACGCGCUGGUGCACGAGGGAGAUGCGCCGUUCGCUUGUCGUUGCGGGGCGCGUUUCCGGCGGCGACAGGCGGCCGCCCUGCACCGCUGCGCGGGCGGUGGUGGCUGCGAGCCCGACUCGCCGAGCCCACCCGCAGCCGCGGCCGCCGACUGGCGCUGGGACGAGUGGCCCGAGCAGACAGAGCCCGAGGACCUGUCGCUGCCGCGGCGGCCGGCCACGCCGGACUCGCCCACCGACCUGCGCGUGCACGCCGCGUAGUCCCCGCGCUCCACGCGCCGCUGAGCCGGUAUACGAGUUCCUCCCGCGUAGACCCCGCGCCCUACUCGGUCGCAUACGCGCCGUCCCAGCCCGACCCUGUCAUGUAGAUCUCAUAAUGUUUAGUCGAACAUGGAGAUACUUCUCAGAACAAACAUUUAAAAAGUCCUAACAGUUAAUUUUUUGCUCGGUUUCGCACUACUGAGUCAGUCUAGUUAGGUAGUCGUUCGUUCAGUUUUUAUGAUUUAACAUUUGCAGUGUCUACCAUAAAGACACUUUUUAUUAGUGUUACAGUUUAAAAAGUUUAUUGUUAUACCAUUUGCAUAAUCGCAAGGUGAGAGAAGGAAAAAAUGUGAUGGUUUUGUUCCUUUGUUUCGAAAUUUGCAAACCUAAGAAAGAUCGAACCCGUUGCACAAAAGUAAUGCUUUGAUUUAUUGUAGUUGACUAUUGUUUCCAUUCGUAGACAAAAAAUGUGCACGUUACGGUUCGUGAGCGGCGCGUCCGCGGCUGCUCGCCGGCCGGGAACCGGAAUAGCCCGGAGAAGGCCGCGACAUUGACUUAUUAUUUUCCGCGACAAAGGCUAGUUCACAAUCGUUGAUUAUUAAGUAUUGAUUUGAAGGGAAUUCCUCAAAGCGAACAAAGCGGCCGUCAUUGUGUUCGCCCAGAUCCUCGCCUUGCGACAACCGGUUCAGUAUCACCCUCUUUUGUGCGCGACUGCCAGUUUUUAAUCAAUAGCCUCGAGCUCGUUUUGUGCUUUUACAAGCAUUAAUUGAAGUUUUCUGACCGAUAAUACGUAACCGAUACUGGUGCUUUGCUUCAAUAAAAUUAUAGGGGCUGUUUGUUUGUUUGUUCGGUAAAGCUGUAGCUUAGUACCCAGAGAGGCGGCGGCGGCGGCGCGCGGCCGGAGCGCACCGCUUUUGUACAUAAUGCUGUCCCUAAACAAAAUUAUUUAUUAUUUAUCAAUUAGUUUCUAGGUAUUUUAAAAUGUUUUCAACGCCAUUUUCGAUGUAACGAAAUUGGCCAUGGAAAUUAAAUGUGGUUUGUAAAUAUAAUUCUAUGUAAGAAUACCAAUUAGCCGAAUUCUGUUGUACGCGAUUGGGUAACGCACUCGAAGACCGUAAAACUCAAUUAUCGUGCAACGAAUAUAAGGAAUCAUGAAAAUGGAUAAAGAUGUUAACUUUACAAAUUUUUGAAUGUAUUUUGAUAGCGAACAUUAAGGGCCAUGAACGGGUUGCAUUGACAUCUAUUGAAAUAAAGGAUGUUUUGAUAUAGUUUUUAAGAUACAAUUUAAUUAUGUAUUUAAUGUGAAAAUUGUAUAUAUUUGAAUCGUGUAGGGUGGAUGCAAUGCACUACGGGCAUGGCCCGAGUGGCCGGCAGCGCGGCGCGCCGGUGCCGCUGGUGCCGCCGCUUGCUGCCGGCGCGGAGAGAGCAGAAGUCGCAAUUUGUUCUACGGGUAUUAGUUUCCUAUUAGGGUUAGUGUUUAUUGUAUUCGUUUUUGUCUAAUUUACGAUCGCAGAGUAAUUGUUCUCAAUGUUUUAGCGCACACGAUAAAUGUAUGUAAGUAUUUAACAGUGCUACUUGUUGAUUAUUAUUAUUUUAUUUUCAUUAGUGUUUAAGUGUCACGGAGCGUAGGGUCUUAGAGUAGAUCGAGACGGUGUAUAAUAUAAAGAGUUUUUCCCAAAGAAAUUAUUGGUACAAAAAGUAAUGUGUACAAAUUAAAUGAUACUUUCAAUUAGAAGUUGUAAUUCCAUGUUGCAAUGUUGUAUUGUAAAAUAUGGUAAUUAGUGUUAUUGCUACGGUGCCAUUAUCUACCUCAUACGAUAGAAAUACUGCUCCAGGGUAUAGAGCCAAAGUUCUUGGAAUAUUUUCUAUUGUCUACGAUUAUAAUAAAUAUCAUAAGCGAGAGCGAGGUAUCGCACAUCGUCACCUGAUGCCGCGAGCGGCAGAACCAUUUGAGACUGAUUUUAAUUUAAUGAUGUAACUCUUAUUUCUCCGUAUCAAAUAUACUAUAGUAAUGUCGAAGGAUCUCCCAGCAUCGCACCGCCAGGCGCGGUGCAUGCUCGACCGUAGUCCAAACCUUCAUUUGCAAUUUACUUGAGUUCCUAUUUUAUAAAAAGUUUUUAACUUUAUUGUUUUGCUUAAAUUUGUUUAUAUGUAUUUGUUAGUCUAUGCACUAGGUUUCAGUGCCAUGAUAACACAUCGCAAACUAUUCCUUGAAUAAUCUAAGAAGUUAAAUAAUAAGAUAUAUAAAUGUAAAGAUAUUGUCAUACAUAUAGUUUCUGUAAUUCGGUGAUACUGCCAUAAAUCUAUCUACCUCAUGCUCGGACACAGGUUAUUUUAAUUGAUCAUCAAACUGAAUCAAGCGAAUAAUUAUAAUAUUAUUAUGUAAUUACCUCAUAAAGUUACAUUUACAUUUUAAUGAAUACACAUGGCGUGGUACAAUGAAUAUACAUAGUUACAUUUAAUUAUUUAUCAAUGUCCAGUACCAACAUAAUUAUUAUAAUAAAGAGAUGUUU